AUGGCCAUUACAAUUUUACCUCCCGUGGUAGAGGAUCUUGGUCCCUACCAAGCCUACUCUGAAUCCGACGACUCCAUGUCCGAUAUCUCCGACUCAGACGUUGACAUGGACAGCGCUUCUCGACCACAGAAGCGGACCCGCAUGUCUAAGAAGCUCGGAGAUGGAGUUGUGAUACCUGGUCAAGUUGUGACCGAUGAUCCCCAAUGGAUGAGAGGUCACGGAACUUACAUCAAUCCACUUUCCACAUCUAUCAUCGCCACGGUCGCCGGUAACGUUGAAAAGACCAACAAGCUUCUGUCAGUGCGUCCUUUGCGCGCGCGGUACAACCCCGAAAUCGGUGAUUUGGUCGUCGGCCGCAUUGUCGAAGUGCAAUCAAAACGAUGGAAGGUCGAUAUCGCCGCUCCCCUCCUCGCUCAACUUCCUCUUUCCGCGAUCAACUUGCCCGGUGGUAUUCUACGACGACGAACCAGCACUGACGAGCUUCAAAUCCGGACUUUUUUCAGCGAAGGUGACUUGGUGAUCGCCGAAGUGCAAAGCGUGCACCAGGAUGGAUCUGCGUCGUUACAUACCCGCUCGCUGGAGUACGGUAAAUUGAGAAAUGGUGUUUUCCUGGCUGUUACAGGUACUGGAGGGAGUAAAGCCGGCUCGAGCUCCAAGGGUGGCUCGAAGUCUUCGUCCGCGGUUCCCGGGGCUAUUCCAGGCAUUGGAGGCGUUGUUCGAUCUCGGCGACAGCGUUGGAGCUUGAUUGCGGAAAAUGGUGGUGGUGAGAUUGAUGUGGUUCUUGGUGUGAAUGGGUACAUUUUCAUUUCGAAGCAUGUGGACAAUGCUGCUGCUAUGGCGAAUACCGACGUUUCACAUAACCGUAUGGAGGAACUGGUCUCUAGCACUAUCUACUCCAGUCAGAAUGAUGACAUCCCCAUGCAGACUCGACGGGAGAUUUCGCGAUUGAGCCAGAGCAUUCAAGUACUGGUUCAGCAUGGCGUGCGUGUGGACGAGGAUACUGUGACGAAGGCAUACCGUGCCAGUUUGCAGGUUGAUAUUGAAAUGGGUGAUGAUGAUGACGAGGAAGAUGAGGGUCGGGAAUACUUGGAAGGCAGCAAAGCUCGACAGAUUAUCGAGAUAGUUUUGCACGGGAAAUGA